AAGCUGGACGAGAACCCAUUCCCGAGGGAACUGCGCGAUCGAUUCCGAAGGCACAAAAAGAUCAGGAGUGCUGCCCUCGAGAAAGACGGCCUAAAGCUCGCCAAGUUCCUGGAAGGGAAGAAUAAGAAUGUGGCGAUCAAAGAUUGUACCCUUGAGGAAGACUUAUACACCCUCGGGUUCCGAAGGUACCGCUUCAUAGGGGAGACCGACGAAAAGUAUCCUCUCUUUAACAAGGCCUUCGGAGGAGUCGGAGGUAGGAGCCGAGGGCUUUAGAUUUUUGUACUUAGUCCUUUUUUUUGUUUUGCUUGGAUGUCAUUGUCCCUUCACUGUAGACCCGUCGGCCUAAUCCUUUGUCGUAUUUUUGCAGGCAUCCCCGUGUCAAUGGUGAAUGUGAAGGGCCUUGCGUGGCUGAAGAACAAGGACCCGAAGGGGUCGGGACAGGGCAACCAGAAGCCCAUCGCUACCCUCUUCAACAAAUCCGAGGGCGAUGCCGUUGCCAGCAAAAGGAAGGCGGCGGCCAAGGGGUCCCCCCCGGCUACCAAAAAGCCUAAGAAGGGGGAUAUCACCGAUAAGGAGCCCCCGGUCGUGAUUGUCGAUGAGCACCCCGCCUCCGGGGUGCAUGUGGAGAAGCCAUCGGAUGGAACGCCGGCGGGGGCAGAGGAGUUGCUGCCUGAGGUCCUCCAUGUUUCUCUUCCGAAGGGUACAUCUCUGGCCAGCGGCGCUGUUGACCCGGGGGCCAUCUUGAGGGGCAUAACCCCUGAGACGGAUAGGGUUGCCCUCGGGGCUUAUAAUGAUGCGGCCCUCGAGGACCACAUUCUCCGCUCCUCCCUCUCUGCUUGUCUAGCCCUCGGCGAACAGGCCCGGAGGCUUCAAGAAUGGCGCCUCCAUAAAGCGGAGCAGGACGCCAAAAUGAAGGAGUGUAUUCUCAAAAACAAAGAGGCGGUGAAGCUGGGGGCCAGGCUAGAAGAGGAGCUUCGGCAAAUGAAGCUAAAAUUGGAGGCUGCAGAAAGGAACAAGGCUGAAGCUGAGGCCGCUGCUGAGGAGGCCAGGAGAGCUGCUAAAGAGGCCGAGGAUUCCAAGGCGCUAGCCGUCGCCAAAGCUCAGGAGGAGGCCGUUGAUGCUUUCGUCGCUGAGGGUUGGAGAGCUGAGGGAUGCAAGGUGUGGGUGUCCUCGGUUGUGGAGGCACGCGUUGAUGAAUGGGCCGAGGGCCCUGGGUGGGAAUGGAUGGCCCGGAAGGGCAGAGAAUAUUAUGAGACCGGCGAAUUCUUCACCAAGGCCCUCAUCUAUCGGAGGAUGGCCCGACACCUGAGCAUUGAGCCAAAGGAUUUCGCCCCCUCGGCAUAUGGCCUUCCUCCCCUGCAGCCUGAUGUCCGUGAAUCCCUUCCCGAAGGUGUACAACGGCCCGAUCUUGAGGACACAGAGCUGAAGAAGGAGGCCGAGGACGACGUUGUUGAGGCCGGAGCGGAGGUAUCGUAGAGGCCGGCUGCAGAGGACGCCCCGGGGAAUGAUGCUGUUGAGGUUGUUGAAUGAUUUUGUACUUAGAAAUUUCUGAACAAACUUUUGUAAUGAACACCAUUGAUCCUUCGGCUUCGGCCUGCUUGUAACUUUGCACUUACUUCUGUUCUUGGUGAAUGCAUGCUGCCUCCGG